GAGAGGAGAGGUAGUCAACUAGUCAUCAUCACCAAGCUCAUAAUCACACUCGAAAAUAUAGUUAGAGAAGCUAUUAUGGAUCAGAGCUCUAAUCUUCCUAUGCAUCUCUGCCAUGUUAACAAGCUCACAAUCUUUAUUAACCGAACGUAUACAGUCAUACACUCCGUGGCUUUAUCAUUCCUGCUUUACUAUAGAGCCUCUUUCUUCUCUUUCUUCCAUGACACCGGAACACCCAUCUUACCAUGGCUGAUUGUCUUCGCGGCCGAGCUCGCACUCUCCUUCGAAUGGCUUGUAACAGAGGCAUUUCGCUGGAGGCCCGUCACUCGAACUGUGUUCCCUGAGAGGUUGCUGGAAGAUGACAAACUUCCUUCAGUAGACGUGUUCAUUUGCACCGCUGAUCCGGAGAAGGAGCCAGUCUUGCAGGUGAUGAACACUGUAAUAUCAGCCAUGGCACUCGACUAUCCACCCGAGAAGCUUCAUGUGUAUUUGUCAGAUGACGGCGGUGCUGAUGUGACUCUGCAUGGUAUGAGAGAGGCUUGGACGUUUGCAAAGCGGUGGAUUCCAUUUUGUAAGAGGUAUAAGAUCAAGUGCAGGUCUCCUAAAGCCUAUUUCUCAGCGGCAGAGGAUGAGAAUGAAGAUGGUAAUUUGGGAGACACUGAUUUCAUACAAGAGAGAAAAAUUGUUCAGGAAAACUAUGAGGUGCUUCAGGAAAGAGUGAGAGAAUAUGCAAGACAUGGUGACUCUGGGAGCAGUAAGCGUCGAGAUCAUUCUGCAGUGAUUGAGGUGAUACAAGAGAGUUCUAGGAAUCAUGGAUUAGAAGAAAAUGAGGCAAAAAACAUGCCUCUCCUUGUUUAUGUUUCUCGUGAGAAAAGACCUUCUCAUGCCACUCAUUUCAAGGCCGGAGCUCUCAAUGUUCUUCUUCGGGUCUCUGGUGUGUUAAGUAAUUCCCCCUUCAUAUUAGGCCUUGAUUGUGACAUGUAUUGCAAUGAUCCAAGUUCGGCACGUCAAGCAAUGUGUUUCCUCCUUGAUCCCAAGCUCUCACCCUCGCUAGCAUUUGUUCAAUUUCCUCAGAAGUUCCACAACGUCAGUAAGAAGGACAUCUACGACAGUCAGUUGAGAUCGAUUUUUUCGGUGCAAUGGCAAGGUAUUGAUGGACUUCAAGGGCCAGGUGUGUGCGGUUCUGGCUAUUACCUCAAGAGGUUGUCCUUAUAUGGAAGAUCCCUAAAUGAUGAUCAUAAGGAUCUUAUGGAACUUAGACAAUCUUUUGGUCCAUCAAAUGAGUUCGUAAAAUCCCUGCUCAGAAACUACAAGCCUGAUAUGAAAAUGAACCAGCUAGCUGAGACCCAACAACUAGCCUCCUGUACAUAUGAAGAUGGCACCAAAUGGGGUGAAGAGGCUGGUUUCUUAUACGCUACUAUAGCGGAAGAUUAUUUCACAGGGUUCGCUAGCUUGCAUUGCCAGGGUUGGAAAUCAGUGUAUUGCGAUCCACCAAGGCCUCAGUUCUUGGGCAGUGGCACCACUAAUUUGAAUGACUAUUUGGUUCAUGUGAGAAGAUGGACUUCUGGGGUGCUUGAUAUUGCCUUCUCCAAAUACAGCCCUCUUAUACAUGGCAUAUUUAAACUCCCUUUCCUACAAUAUAUGUGCUAUGCAUCGCCCUUAAUUUCCCCUAUUUGCCAGUUCUUUUCACUCUGGUGCCUUGCAACUAUACCUCAGCUUUGCCUACUCAAUGGCAUUUCCUUGUACCCUGAGGUAUCAAGUUCUUAUUUCUGGAUAUUUACAUUUGUAUUCCUCUCCAUUGUUUCGAGACAUUUAUACGAGGUCAUCACCACUGGAGCAUCAUUACGAAAUUGGAUAUAUGAGCAAAGAAUAUGGAUGAUGACUGCAGUUACAUGUCACUUAUAUGGUAGUCUUGAUGCUUUUAUGAAGAAGUUGGGUUUGAGUGAAGUUAGUUUCACACUAACAAAUAAAGUUGAUGACGAUGAGCAACUAAAGCGUUACAACGCUGGGGUAUUUGAUUUCCAAACCUCAGCUCUGUUCCUUGUUCCAAUGGCUUCACUGGUUAUCUUGAACAUGGUUUCCUUCUGUGUGGGCAUUGCCAGAGUGGUCUUUCUGGGGGAGUUGGAGAAGUUGUUUAUUCAAGUCUUCAUAGCAUUUUAUGUGGUGGUACUGAAUUACCCUAUUAUAGAAGGAAUGCUUAUAAGGAAAGACAAUGGUCGCAUUCCACCAUCAGUCACCGUAUUGUCUGCAACAGCUUCCAUCAUUUUCUGCCUUUUGGGUUCAAUUAUUUUCAUGUAGCAAGGCUUUGUUUUUGACUUUUUUCAUAUUGAUCGAUUUUCUUUCCA